AAACUAACAAUUAACUUAGUAUGGUAUAUUUGAAAAGUCUAGAACGUGGCUUUAAGAUUUGUCAUUCAAAAGCACAUUUUAAAGCUUCGCAUGCGUUGGUUUGUUGGCCCACGUGUUGUAGCAUGUAGCCAAUUUGUAUCCGCUGCAAACCACACAAAACAAAAUAUAACAUUGUCAAUUGUACACUAAGCUACGUAUAUACUUAUAUAGUUAGUGUGAUAUUAAUUCUCUGCUCUUCAAUACGUUUUUUAUUUAUGAAUCGCCUCGACUUGGUCUUCUGGAACAACAUUCCUGAACCUAACCACAAACAUGUCGAACUCGGACAGCGAUUUUGAGCCCCCGAAGAUUACCAGCACGCAGAUGUCACCCAAAAAGGUGAAUCCACUGGAUAAGCAUGCCUUUGAAAACAAACUAAAAGGUAUGAACAUCAAUAAUUUGCUUAGAUCCAAGGCGAUGGCGAUAGCAAAAAACAAUGCAUCUGGUUUAAACCCAAUGAGGCCCAAUUUUCCUCCGAUGAUAAAGAAAAAACUUAUGGACGACGAACGAGACUCGAGUUAUUACAGUUCGAACGAUGGAAAGAAGAAUAAACCUAGCGAUUCUUCCAGCUCUAGUGAUGCUGACAGUGAGAGUGAAGCCAGUGAUACUUCGAAGAGUAAAAACAAGAAGAAAUCAGGGAAGAAUAGUAAUACAUCAUCUGAUGGUGGGACUAGUUCUGAUGAGAAGAAAUCACAGAGUUCCAGCUCAAGCCAAAUGUCUGAUAGCUCAAUGAAGAGAAAGAAAAAAGUGAAAAAAGGCUUGAAUAAGAACUGUUCAAAAGAGAGGAUAUCUUCAUCAUCUAGUGAGGAAGCAUCUGACUCAGAGCUUGAAGUAAAAACACAAAAACAAGUAAAAAGUCCAAAUAAUUCAAAAGUUAAGGUGUUAUCAAAUAUUGUAAUCAAUAAACAAUCACCAACUGCCAAUACAAAAUCUAAAAAGAAGGAGUCAAGCAGCAGUAGUGGUAGUAGUAGCUCAGAGGAUGAGAAAAAGUCUUCAGGAAGCUCUACUAAUGAUUCAUCAAGUGAAGAUGAAACCAAAAAAGCUCCUAACAAAUCAAAAUCAGGCAAAGAAUCAUCUUCAUCAGGAUCAGGCUCUUCUUCAAGCGCAUCGAAGUCAUCAUCAUCGUCAUCAGGCAGUGGUUCAUCAAGCAGUAGUAGUGAAGAAGAAGAAGAUAAACGAACGAAACAAACACGUUCGGCACGAUCAAGCACUGACGAUGAUUCCGAUUCUGACGCGCCACACGCAACACUCAAUAAAACAAAUUAUAUCCCAUCGAAAAGGUCGGAUAAAAUUCUUGCUGAUUAUAUAGAAAUAAACCAACUGGAAGCAGUGCCUAUUGAGGAAGCCUUUGAUUUAGGCAGUAUUUCCGAUGACGAUGAACUAUUUUUCGUUAAUGUUGCAAAAGAUAUUGACCCAGCUUCAUUGGUUAAUACAAAACUAUCAUUAGAAAGAAAGCAGAAUAUAAUACUAAAUAAAGAUAGCAAGGAUGGUAAACAGAAUUGUCUGGUUGAAUUUGAUAAAGGUGAUAGGGAGAAGUUGUGUGUAUUGGGUAAAAUGUCUGGAGAGUUUGGUAUAAGACUUUUACAAACUAGUGGGUCGAUUACUGUAAAUAAAAAUCAUAAGAUAGAGACUGAAAAACAGGCGAAUACUGAGUCUGUGCAGAAAGGGAAGUUUCCUUUCCCUAAUGAUAAAUUACGGACAAGGCAUCCGCUCUUCGGAAGAAAUUACGAAACGAAAAUUGUGUUGGAUGAAACUGUUUCUAAGAAAUUAGAUGAUUUGAUUGUAGAAAUGGCGAAUAAAAGUAGCCAUGAAGGAGAUGAUGAAGAUUUACCAGAUGGUAAAGUAUCAAAAGAUACAAAAGAAAUUAAAAAGUCUAAAAAGAAGAAGAAAAAGGAAGAAAAUGAGUCUGUCGUUGAAAGCAUCGAGUUAUCAUCUGAUAAGAAGAAGAAAAAGAAAAAAGAUGAAAAAAUGGACAUAGCUUCAAUUUUGACUUCCUUUGGAGAUGAUAAUAACAUAAAAGACAAAAAGGAUAAGAAAAAGAAGAAGGAAAAGAAGGAUAAAGACGCUAAAUCUGUAAUGGAAAAGAUGUCAUUCGAAGAAGUUAAGACCGAGGAGUCGCCUGUAAAGAAGAAAAAAGAAAAAUCUAAAUCCAAAUCACCACUAAAGGAAGUUGUUACUCCUAAGUCUGAAACAAAAGAGAAAAAAUCUAGAAAAUCGCGAUCCCCAUCGAAGAACACACCAGACCAAUCUAUACUUAAAGAUUCUUCAAAUAAUGAAUCAAAAAGGAAGUCUACACUUGAAGAUUCAGGAGAUAAUUUUAAAGUUCCACCACUAUCAAUGCCUAUAAAUCCAAAAAUGAGUAAACUUAUGAGCAGCACAAUGUGUAGUCCUAGUAUUCACAAAGCUUUAUUAUUCGAACCCAACGAGAGCGUGAUUGGUACUUCAGAGAAGAAGAAAAAGAAGAAAAACAAGACGAAAGAUAGAGACUCUUCAAUUGAACCAAUCGGUGAUAAGACUAUAAUGAAUCUUGUUGACCAAUCACUGAAAUCACCGAUAUCUUCGAAGCCUUCAAACGAAAAGAAGAAGAAAAGAGAUAAGACGAAAGACAAUAGUGUUUCAGAAUCAACUGAAGAACCUGCUAAAAAAUCGAAAAAAUCCCCAAAGAAACAAGUUGAAGAAACAGAGGAUGAAAAGAAAAGACGUAAGCGGAGACAUAGUGAAACCCAGGCUGAAGCAGCAAAAGUAGAAGAAAAGAAGAAAGAAAAACAAGCGAAGAUUAAAAAGAGGAGGCCUACAAUGUUUUGAAUUGUACAUGCAUUAAAAAAUAUGAUUAGUUUAAAAGAUAUCGUGUGAAAUGAAGAAUUUGAUUUGAUAUGAAUAAAUUGUUACGAUUAUGGGAUA